AGCAGCCGGUCACUUCCCCUACAGUACACACACUCACAAACACUUCUCAUGAGCGCUGUUUCAUUUGUCUUGGCCAGCUAGAGCCUUUCUCAUUACUAGAAACCAUAAAGGCUUGCCACCCUGGACGUCUGAUGAUGUUUGACAGUUCGCAAUAUCCUUAUAACUGUUUUAACUAUGAUGGAGAAGGAUACCCCUCAUGUGGCAAUGAUGAAGAGAAGAAAGUGUGUCGACCAGCUUACAGUUACAUUGCACUAAUAGCGAUGGCUAUACAGCAGAGCCCCGAGAACAAAGUUACCCUAUCAGGAAUCUACGAGUUCAUCAUGAAGAGAUUUCCUUAUUACAGAUCCAACCAGAGGGCUUGGCAAAACUCAAUUCGUCAUAACCUCUCUCUAAACAGUUGUUUUCCUCAGGUGCCCCGUACGGAAGGUAACGAGAAAGGAAAAGGUAAUUACUGGACAUUCGCCACAGGCUGCGAGUCCAUGCUGGACCUCUUUGAAAAUGGCAACUUUCGUCGCCGCCGCCGCAGACGCAACUUAAAAAUGGGCCUGAAGGAGCCAGCCGAACCUUUUGUUGCCAUGGACACUCAUCAGGGCAUUGCAGUAAGACCCACGGAUUCAGAUUCUUUCUGCCCCGUGAACACUAGUCACAGAACGGCCCAAAACAACCCGCCUCUCAGCAAACCUGAGCCCGAGAUCAAAUUCAGCAUUGACUACAUUCUCUCCACGCCAGACCCUAUGCCCGGGUUCAGAGCCCCUAACAGUGGACCUGGAGCUGUGAUCCAUCAUCUGGAGCCGCAACAUCUCAGUCUACACUUCUGGACCAUGUAACCAAAACCAUAGGCUGCAGAUCAGUAAAUACCCUGAUGCUGAAACAGUCAAAAAACAUUAAGGCUUCUAUAGUGCACAAACAGUCUUUCCCAUAGUGCAAAUCAGCUUGUCAGUAGGCACAUGCAGUUUGUUGUGUGCAUAUAGUGACUUAAAAGUAUAAUAGUACUGAAUAAUAAUGAUAAUAAUAUAUAUAGAAUAAUACUCUUUUUGAAAAGAUCAACAUAUCAUCAUGAAUUUUUGAAGGCAUACCCUAGUGAAAAAGUAAUACAUUUAUUUCAUACUUAGAAUAGUUCAAAUCUAUUAACAUAUUUACUGACAUGUCGCUCACAAAAUUAUAAUUACAGUUUAUUUGGAGUGCUACUUGUGUAAAAUGCACAUUUCUUAAUAAGCCUAAAAUGUGUUUUAAUGUCACUGUUGAUGAGGACUGUAUGAUCUUUGAAUAAUAUCUGUCUUUAAACGCAAGAUAUUUAAAGUGUACCUGAAGUAUUGUAAUAGUUCCAAUUUAUCACAAUCAAAUAUACCUCAGUAUAUCUUUAGUUGGACGUUAGUUGCACAAUUAAAGUGCAUUAAGUACAAAAUUAGUUGUUCCAAUUUAUCAGACUUUCAGCAUACCAGUAUACCAAAAGUACAAUUGGAGGGGAAUUUUAUUAAGCACAUAAAUAUGUAAAGGUAUUUGUAGUAUACUUAGCAUGAAAUAAAUGUAUAUCAAAUAUGUUAUUUUUCACUAGGGUAGACAGCUUAUUUUGAUGAAAUCAAUCAUACUUUUAAUGUCAGUACUUUACAAUAAGUCUCCAUUUGUUAACUUUAACAAUAAAUAAUUAAAAAGAAUUUAUUAAUCUUAGUUAAUGUUAAUUAUAACAUUUACUAAUGCAUUAGUAAAAUCAGAAGUUGUAUCUGUUCACAUUUAAUGGACCUGAGUUUACAUGAACAUAUACACAAAUAUUUUUUUUUUUUAACUUUAACAAAGAUUGAUAAAUGCUAUAAAAAAUGUAUUGCUUAUUAUCAGUAAUAAUGCUUUAACUAAUUGGACCUUAUUGUAAAGGGUGACCCAAACAUAACUCACAUUUUUCAUUCCGCCCCUUUAAAGUAAAAACUAAAGAUUGAAGGUGUGUUUGUGUUGCAGGCACGGGUUUGUAGUUAGUGAAGUGUUUGCAAACAAAUGCGCCAACAUAGCUAUGGGGUUGGUGUAAUCAGCAUUCCCUGCUUACUGCACAACUGCUGAGCGACUCUAUUGUUUACAUAUGUUGUUUAUAAUGUGUAUCAUUGGCCCUCGACAGUCUGUGAUCCGUAUCAAUCACUGAUAGACUGAGCAUAUGCUCCCCCGGGCAAAACCAGAGCUCUCCGUCUCUGAAGCCCUCCCCGGGGUGUUUUUGUCAUUUCGUUCGGGAAUCUCUGUUUAUAUGAAAGUAUCUUUAAACUUAGAGUCACAGUUUUUUUUUAAGGGAAAGUGAGAUCACAAUAUAUAAUAGCCCUUGUUUUGGUCAUUAGUUUUUAGUCAAAAUUAAACAAGCUUAGUGACCUAGUAUAUGAAACAAUAAUCACAAUAUCUGUUAAAUUUGUAGGUUUAUAAGAGAUAGCAAUGCUGGAAUCUAUUAAAUAUUGUUUGA